AUUUCUUUAAGGUUCAGUGUCAGUUCUCUUCUCUCAGCAUCAUAUUUUGGACAGUAAAUCAUAACAUGUUCUACAGUUUCUUCUUGAUCACAGAAUGUACAACUUCCUGUAUUAUGUUUUCCUAUUUUACAUAAUGUACUGUUAAAUCCUGUGUGACCAAAACGUAGCCUGGAUAUUAUUGUUUCCUCUCUCCUGGUUCUUUCCGUUUUUCUCAUCACACCUACUUUUCUUUGAAUGUUGUAUAACCACCUUCCUGUUCUCUCUUCUUCCCACUGCUUUUUCCACCUUUCUUUCAACUUAUACUUAAAUAAUUUCCGUUUUACUAAGGGGUACUGUAAUGUCAGUGUGAUUCGUUUUUGUGGCUUCUUUUGCACACUUGAGUCAGACACUCGAGUUUUAUGGGAGGCUAAGUACAAAAACAAAUUCAAUCUGCCAGGUAUGAUAUUCUUUAUCAGUAGGUUUAAACAAAAAUGAACUGAAAGCGCUUUGCUGUGUGUGAAAGAAAUGCAUGUUUAUUGUGAAGAUGUGACUUUUUAUACUUAAUUAUAGACUGUGCCAUAUUACAUGAAAUAGGGCGUAUUGGCAACCCAGAUAACUUUAAGAAGCGUUCUUGAAACUCAUUUGUAUGUGCGACAUUGAUGAAUACAAUUUUUGCCCACAGUACCGGAAGGCAACAGUUGCGUUUGUGGGGACAAGGAACACAGACCUAUCAGAAAAACGGAAGCGUUCACCAUAGUAACAAUUCUAGACGGAUAAUUUAUCUCCGGGGCCCAAUUUUCACACUUCUUUCGGCUUAGCGAUAAUGUUACUUAGACGCUGAAUGGUUAAAUACAGAAGAAGGAAAAUGGAAGAGAUAAAGACCGAGCCUGUGGAUUUUGUGAGAGAAUUUCAAGAAUACCUGACACAGCAAACCCAGCAUGUCAACAUGAUCUCAGGCUCUGUUUGCGGAGAAGAAGAGUCAGGGGAGCCGUUUCAAACCGUUGCCCCCAGGAGUGAGCAAAAUGGUCUGGACCCUCCGUCUGUGGAGGUGAGCCUGUCAAUGGAGGAUGGGCCAGAUGUACAGAUGGACGGCCUGGAGAGGACCUGCGAUGGAAAGUACAAGUGCAGCUACUGCAGCUAUGCCAAUAAGGGCAUGGCUCGUUUAAUAGAGCACAUCCGCAUCCACACAGGAGAAAAGCCUCACCGCUGCCAGCUGUGCCCGUUCGCUUCAGCGUACGAGCGCCACUUGGAAGCCCACAUGCGCUCGCACACAGGAGAGAAGCCGUACAAGUGUGACCUCUGCGCCUUCCGCUGUAGCGACCGCAGCAACCUGUCGCACCACCGUCGCCGCCGCCACAAGCUUCUGCCCACGAGGGUCGUCCGCUCUCCUUUCUCCAACAAGAGAAUGUUGAGCUCCCUGCAGAAGAGGACCGGCUCGCUGGGCUUCAGCAGGCGACUGCUCAUCAACUUCAACCCUAAUUCCAUGGUGAUGCCAAAGACGGAUUAUCUGAAUGACUUGUCUCACAAGAUCCACCACCAUUUGGACAGCAGUGAGUAUAAGAACCUUCCCAAGGUAGAUGAGAACGACAGUCGCAACAGAGGUGCUAAUGGAUUGACUUUUAAUAAUCCACUGGACCAGCUAUCUACACUUGCUGGUGAGUUGGCCGACCUUCACCCUGAGUCUCAGACUCCUGCAUCCCCAGACAGGGAGUCCUUAAUAGACGAGAAGCCCAUCCUCAUACAACAGGUCUCUAGUGAACACGCUGCAAUGUGUUCAAACGGAGUGCAGACUUCGCCACCUAAAAAAGAAUCUCCCCCCUCAGGCCAAGGGAGUUGCAGUCCUGUUCCCGGCCUCGGCUUUGAGAACAGCAUGAACACUCUUACUGCGAGUGUGAGCAACAGCCAGCCGAGCACACCCACCCCUGCCCUGACCACACCGGACCAACAGCUCUUACAUAAAUGCCAGCAUUGUGAUAUUCAGUUUCUGGAUAAUAUCCUCUUCACUAUUCACAUGGGCUGCCAUGGCUACGAACAUCCAUUCCAGUGCAACAUCUGCGGUCACAUGUGCGUAGACAGAUACGACUUUGCAUGCCAUUUUGCCCGUGGACAACAUAAUAAGUGAUUCCUUGCAACAUAGAUGCAUAUGGAGUCUUAUAUCCUCGUGUUUUCAGUAUAUUGCUUGUACAGCAUCUAAACAUGGUUUAGCACAACACUGAUUUACAUUUUAUAUUUUUGUUAUGUAUGUUUUACUAUUCCUUUUUUAUUUUAUACUCACUAACUGCACUAUACUGUUGCCUUACUGCAGCCCUACAUGGCUCCCAACUUUGAGCUUUUAUAUUAGUUUUUGAUCGAUGCAUACAAGGAGUGGACAAAACAGAAACAUCUUGCAAUACAACAGCUCUGCAAUAAAAAAAAAAAAAAAUUUGAAGCUCACUAAGUGUCGUGUCAACUCGUCUUACAGUCAGUAUUAGAUAGGCCACUGUCCCUUUUUGCCAAUUCAGCUGCUUGUGUUUGGCAUAUUAUCAUGAUUUUAGGGAUUCGCCAUGUCUCAUUACUUUGCACUGAGUCACCAGGUUUUCACUCAGCUCCUAUAGUAAAUCACAAUACACAGGCAGCUAUAUAUAUGACAUUUUAAAUAAAAUAGCACUUAACAGUAUUUGUUAAACAUUAUGAGCUUCACCAGCUCUGUAUUCAUUGUGGGGCUGUUAAACUGUAAUUUUGUCCACUGUUUGUAUAUCGUUAGUCCAAUUAUACACCAAAGUUUCCAUCUCAGUUAAAUUAGCUGGAUACAUUUUCGCUGAUGUUCAGAGACUGACAGCCUAAUUGGCUCAUUUUCUGUUCAAAGCAAGUUUGUGUCCAGCUAGACUCAUUAUCGCGCUUGCUGCUCUGAUAUUUAUUUAUACCUCACUCCAUAGAAGCAGAAGGUGUCAACCAAAUCAAUCAGUCGUAGAAAAGGUUUCAGUCGUAGUCAUCUGAACACUGUUUUCAGAAUCAAGACGUUUCGGCUCCCAUCCGGAAGUAAUUUUCAAUUGUGAAAAAAUGGAACGGGAACUCAGAAAACAGUGUCCAGAUGACUACGACUGAAACCUUUUCUACGAUAGAACACUCCUGGACGAAUGAGGGACUACACCGCCAAAUCAAUCAGUAAUUUUUUAGAUAAUUUCAAUAUUGUUUUUUGUUACUAGUUUAUACACAUGAAACAAUUUUCUAUGAAUAUUUAUUAUUAUUGUCUUAUGUAGUUUUUGGUAGUGUACAUACCAAUUUUAGUACAUCUAAUUUCACUGUAGCCACUUAUUAUUUGUAUUGUAGCAGAUGUUGAGACACUGUACAGUAAAGAUCCCUGUGACUACUUUUUAUUAUAAUUAUUAAAAAGUAUAUAAUAAUUAUUUUAUUAGCUUUUUGAUUUGUGUAAAUCUGGAUCUAAAGUAAAGACUUAUUCACUUGGUUAACUUGUUUGUAUGUGAUUAUCUUUCGGACAGAAAAUGAAAAUUUGAGAUUAAUGGGCUCUUAUAUUGUAUAUCAUGUGUAUACUGACAAACAAGAUUAAAAUGUUAUCUGAUCAACAUUUCACACCAUAUUUGCAGAGACCAUGUAGAUCACCACUAAUGUAUCACUGUAUCUUGAGUUUGAAUAAGUUUUGAGUAAAGUUUGGCUUUAAAAAAAAUAUUUCUUUCAAGUUUUUAUUUACUAGAUAAAAUGAUAGGAUAGUACAUUUUCUUUGUUUCUCUUGUGCCACAAUGGUCCCCAAACUGAAGAGCAGGUGACCAGCAAAAGUACAUAUUAUUUAUAUUUAAUUAUGUACACACAUUCACUUGUGACUUUUGAUGCGAUUAAAUCUGCCUUUGUGAAAAUUCAA